UCAGGCUUAUCUUGAUGUGAAUUAAAUCUUCAAAUACUUCACCUUACUAUAUGAGUCAACAAAAAUGUCCAAUUUUAUAGAGAACAAUAUAUUGUAUUGGAAAAGAUACAGACUCAAUUUACAUAAUGCUUAGAUCUUAGGGAAGGAAAGACUCAUGGUAAAAUCGUUACUGAUUACUAAGGGCAGCUCUUUUGCACCAUACGAAAAAUGUAAUCAUUUACCUUUUUUCAUCUGGAAAAGUUGAAAAAACAAAACAAAACAGGAACUUGUUUUCAGGUACAUAACAUUUUCAAAUAUCAUAACCACCACACAUGAAAGAGACCCUAGAGUACUGUAAUAAAUUCUGGUUCAUUUACUAUCACUGCAAACCAGCUCCAGUGCAGGAAUACGGUUCGCCAUCACGCAAGAGCUCAGUCCUGCCCAAAGCCACUGCCUGUCUCCCCGUCUCCGGUACUCACCUGAGCCUGGCAGGGCACCGGGCAGUUUUACAAAGGAUAUCAUACUGUCCAAAAAGUUAAAAGACGGUUCGCUUACUUUAACAUUCAGCCUUGGAAUUUAUGCAUCUCUCAGAACCUGCCUGAACAAACUAAGUGUUUUACAAACCGUUUGGUGCGCUGCUUAUGCUGGUAUAUGCACCCCACUGAUCGCAGCCAGCGAGGGGCCGCACGGCAGCCGACAGUGCCCACUGCCACCCAGCGCCCCUUCCCCCCCCCGUUUUGGACCUACACACGGGGGGAGAGGGGCUCCUCCCAGCAGAGACACCGCCGCCUCCCGCGCCCCACGGCGCAGCCGCGGGUGGGACCCGCGGAGGCACCUCGAGCCUGCCCCUGACGGCUGGCAGCAGCGUCCGCGGGGCACAGCGGAAGAAAACGUGGAAGACGGUGCCUCGGACAUCAGCCCUUACACCUCAGCUUCGUCCAGUCCUCCAUGAACGAACAGGAGCCGGGUCAGGCUGCUAGGGACACGUCACGCCGAUGACAGUGGCGAGGGUGACCUUCCUCCCAGUCAUCCUCGAGGCUCUUUGCUCUCUGCUCGCCCUCUGACACCGGCAUCAGCACGCACACCUACAUUAACCAGAAUGUACAUACUAAUGCACAAAGUUAUUGUCAAUACAGCUGCAGCCCGAGAACCUCAAAAAGCAGGUCUGCGGCAAACGGAGGGAGGGCCUGAAGGUGAGCCACCUCCCACACGGCAGCAAGCGAGGAGCCAGAACCUCACGUCACAUCAGCUGACAGGAAAACACAAGACAAAUCACACAACUCGGUUAAACUCAUGCAAAAAAGUUCUGUUUGCGGAGAAACGCACUAGAUUCCAACAUUAUACAUAGCAAACACAUAAUAAAUACAGAGCAUACCACGCAGCAGCAGCUGAUGCCAAAAUAAACCAGAAAUCCCAUUCUGGAGACCAAAAGUCAAGCUCAGGUUCACAUGACAAUAUUAACAGGCUACAGAGGGAGGGUAGAGUUUCUGAGUAUGUAGCUGCACCUGAUUUUGCAGCUGAGUAAGCCAUGGUGAGGGUGCCUCUGAGCAGACUUGCUGGUCACGAACUCGACAACUAGAGCUGUCCAGGACAGGGGAAUUCACACGCACAAACAAGAAAGCAGAGCCCCAUUUGAGGAUUAUCCUGGAAAACUGUCAGGAGACACUCUGUGUUGGUUCACCCCACAUCUCUAAAGGAGCCAAAUAGUAAUGGCGCAGUGUAGGUGCCAUCAGGUCUGCCCCACACUAACAAAAUGCCAGAAAAUGUGCCCGUCUUGAUGGAUAUGGUCAUUUUUGACUUUGUUAGGACAAGAGAAGGCAAUGUGCUUUCUGACAGAGAGCAAAAGGAAGAGAGAAAAGCAACAGCAAACAUGAUUAACUAACUUGGAUACAUGAAAACGAGGAAGGAAACAACACACCACACCAACAGAAAAAGUCUCAUCUUUCUACACAUUUCCCCAUUCCUAAUACUUUGCUCAAGGCUUCUGUCAGCAGAGGAACAGCGGGUGAACCGGGGAGAGCCAAAGACCCCUCUCUGAAACACCUGCUGCCGGGCUUGCUCAGUCAAUCUCAAACAAUGGGCAACUUUGCAAAUGAGAGCACUGGCAGUAACUCCAGUGGAGCACCCUCCUCCGCGCUGUGCCACCGAGACACCACAGUCACCCACCUGGUCUUCCCCGUACUGUACACUCUCGUCUUCCUUCUGGGACUCACACUGAACAGCCUGGCCUUUUGGGCGUUCUUCCACAUUCCGAGCACAUCAACUUUUAUCAUCUACCUGAAAAAUAUCCUGGUUUCUGAUUUUAUAAUGACCCUGAUGCUUCCUCUGAAAAUCCUGACGGAUUCUGGCCUGGGACCGUGGCAACUCAAAGCCUUUGUCUGUCGCUUCUCAGCCGUAGUAUUUUAUGACACCAUGUAUAUUAGCAUAGUGCUACUUGGCCUCAUUGCUCUGGACAGAUUUCUCAAGAUCGUGAGACCUUUUGGGAAGUUCUGGGUGCAAAACCUGACCUCAGCAAAGAUCCUUGUGGGUCUGGUCUGGCUCUUCUUCUUUGUUCUCUCUCUGCCUAACAUGAUCCUGUCGAACAAGAAAGCAACACCCCAAUCUGUGAAGAAGUGUGCCUCGUUGAAGAAUUACUUCGGACUCAAAUGGCAUGAAGCUGUCAAUUAUAUCUGCCAGUUCAUCUUCUGGACUGUUCUCAUCUUCAUGUUUCUAUUUUACAUAGUUAUUGCCAAAAAGGUAUACGAGUCUUAUAUAAAAACACAGAAGAAAGACAACAGAAGCGAGCAAAGGAUCAAGGGGAAAGUGUUCAUCAUUUUUACUGUGUUUUUCUUGUGCUUUGCCCCCUUUCAUUUUAGCAGGGUUCCCUACACUCUGAGUCAAACCACCACCCGGAUGGACUGCCGGCUGCAGAACCAGCUCUUUGUUGCGAAAGAAAGCACCCUGUGGCUGGCUGCCACAAACGUCUGCAUGGACCCCCUGAUAUACAUGUUCUUGUGCAAACCAUUUGUAGAGAAGGUGUUAUGCAGGAGAGUACAGACAUUUCAGAAAACAGCUCAUACAAACCCCAAAACUGAACUGGACACGCGAACAUCUGCUACCGAACCUUGAUUCUGCAGCUUCAUGUUCUACAGCCUCUGCAUAUUCACAGAGAACUUUACAAAUAAUCUGCUUUACUUCUGCUGCGGAAAACGAAAGGGUGGUUGUACAGUAACAUGAAUACUUAAUAAAAAUGGAUUUCCCUAUUUA